GUCGGGCUAUUUAAUCCAACUCUUGGACCUCGUGUAUGUGAGCAUGAUUUCAGGAUCGCAAAUGCCAGCCAAGGGAUCUAUCGAGUGUCUGGACUAGCGCGACCACGGAUCAGAAACAUUCGCUUUCCGGUUCAGCGCAUCUGGCCAUCCUGGCAAGGAAAUCGGGAAAGCGAAAGGGUAUAUCACGCGUCACCUCACUUAUGGAACUGGGAAUUACUUUUCCAGACGCAGCAAAAUGCCAACCUGAAUGAACUCGAGUGUCAAAUGGUCAAAGUGACCUCCUGGAUGAAAGUGUUAUGGCGAUGAGUCGAAUUCACAAGAGUAGGAAACUACCAGUGGCAGCCUAAAGUUGGCUUGGCUUAAAUUCCGCGGUCGCAAAGUUGAGUUCCUCGACUUGCUCCAGAAUGCAAAUCAAGUUAUAUCGCUCCCUUUACACUGCAAUUGACAUGCAUUUCCACCAACUUCUUGCUCUGAUUACAUCGACCUUAAUCACAGCAGCAGCUGGUGGACAAAGUCUCCUUCCCGAGCAGCUGUUCUUCGAUUUUCCCGUUGCAGAGGUGCUCAAUCGAACCGCCUGGGACUUGGUGGAGCCAUGGGCUACCGAGUACUGCACCGCCAUUGCAGAGCAGCGAUACGGGGAUGCCAUCUAUGCCCGAUACAACAUCUUUGGGGACAUCAAGGACGGCAUGUUGACGUUGUGGGAUUGCACUGAUGAAGGGCCGUACCGUGAACGGAACAUCACUGUGUAUGAGCAGAUCAUGGAGGAUGCUCGAGGGUAUUACGAUGGAUACCAGGACAUUUACCAAGAAGCGCUGGAGUUUUAUAGCCGCAACAGUCCCAACGACUCGCGGCGAGACAUAAUCGAAGCGCUGAACAAUGUGAUGUACAAUGGGUCAGACUUCUAG